GACCACGGCGACGACGCGGCCACGCGACGCGCGAGCGGACUGCCCCCGCCAGUGAAGCGGUACCGGGUCGCGCAGGACAAAGCCGCAGCAGGGCUGCCCUAGGCCGCCCCAGGCUGCCCGCCCAGGACUUCUCUGCUGCCCGUCAACAUUUCCACCACCAUGAAGACGUCGUCCUUCUCGCUGCGCGUCAUGCGGCGGGCGCGCAACAAACCGGCCGAUGGAGUUGGACAUGUCAAUCAGAAAGGGCAGAACCGGGAAAAGACGCCCGUCAGAACGCCACACAGUUCGCACGACCUGCACAAACAAUGCGCUCGCAGCGCCAGUACUAGUAGCUUUAGGAGUCUCAGCCAGGUGAGUUGCGCGCACACGUCCAACAGGCGGUCAUGUGAGUUGUCCUCGUCCACCUCGCCUCGCUCGCCCGCGCGCAACAAGCCGGCCGAUGGCUCCCACCCGCAGAAGGCCGCGUCCCGGGAGAAGACGCCCGUCGGCACCAAGGCGAGCACGCCGUCGACGGGGAAGCCCGCCCCGGGGCAGCCCAAGGCCGCCACCGCGCACACGCCCAAGCCGCCCAGCGCCCAGAAGGGCGAGGUGAAGGCCAAGGCCCAGCCCAAGCCCGCGCCGCCGCCGCCCAAGCCAGCGCCCGCCAAGGCCAAGAAGAAGGGGCAGCGCCACCAGCAGCACGACCUCGUCGUCACCAUCAACCUGUCCGAGUACGGCCUGACCGAGGACCAGGUGGCCGAGUUCAAGGAGGCCUUCAUGCUGUUCGACCAGGACGAGGACGGCACCAUCACCAUGGCCGAGCUGGGCGUGGUGAUGCGCUCCCUCGGGCAGCGGCCCACUGAGACGGAGCUGCGCGACAUGGUGAACGAGGUGGACCAGGACGGCAACGGCACCAUCGAGUUCAACGAGUUCCUGCAGAUGAUGUCCAAGAAGAUGAAGGGCGCUGACGGCGAGGAGGAGCUCCGGGAGGCGUUCAGGGUGUUCGACAAGAACAAGGACGGCCUCAUCUCGUCGUCGGAGCUGCGCCACGUCAUGACCAGCCUCGGCGAGAAGCUGUCCGACGAGGAGGUCGACGACAUGAUCCGGGAGGCCGACCUCGACGGCGACGGCAUGGUCAACUACGAAGAGUUCGUGACCAUCCUGACGGCCAAGAACUGAGUUGGCAGUCGCCGGUCGCUGGCCGACCAGUGCAGCCACUCGGUGUCCUUGUCCGUCUCCACGGCGGCGGCGCGCUGUCGCGGUGCUGAAGACGACGGCGCUGCGCCGCCGCUCCAGAAACGGGCGGCGUGUGACGCGACGCCCGCCUUUCCAGAGACAUUCGCACGCAUUCAUGCGUCUCGUUUAGGUUACUAUUAUUAUUUAUAAUAUUAUAAAAUUAUUACGAUUAUUGUUAUUACUAUUAUAUGAGGAAAGACGUCUGACCGUUGCGAAGAAUGCUUAAGACCGGAGCAUGCCAAGUCCGCACGCACAGACCAGUGCCCGACGCGUUGGUCUGACCUCGGCAGUAGUAACUAUAACAAUGUGUGAGUGCUUUCGAAAGACGGCAUUUCCAACCCGACGAUGAUGUGUGAGAACCUUUUUAUACUACAUGAUGUGUGUGUUGUGUUAGGUUAGCAUUGACUUUUAAAUCGUGAUGGACACAGAGACCAGCCUUCAUAUGUAGCGAUAGUGCGGUACGCGCGGCAGGAACGAUUUGACGGUGUUGUAGAAUGCUUGCCAGUCCGACCCGUAGUCUUUAACCAGCAUGCCGUUUCUGAAAUGUUAUUAUUAUAAUUAGAGGAUCGCGCCGUGGAUUUUAUUCACAUUAUCCAUCUAUACCAAUAUAGAUUACGAUCUGCGGGGCUACCGUUAAGCAGACCCAGUGUAGGAAAUAUAGAAGGUUUCCCUUUCGCAUAAUUUCUAGGGCGACGUAGACACACUAUUAUUUUGCGGUGAUCUAUCUCAGCAUUUUCCGCUUGACACCAAUAUUCAUUAUAAAAGUAAAACAGAAGGGAAUUCGAAUUCUCCUUGAUGGCAUUCACGGAGUUGCACUUAAGCAUAUUAAAUUAGGUUUUCUCGGUUCUUAAGACCUUUCAUUUUAACUACUAGUCCUCACGAAUGCUAUUUUGCGGUGACUCACGAGAUAAGUUAAGUUUGUACCUUGCAUUCGAAUGGGCCCUACGGACAUCUAGGGGCUUAUUCUGCUGUGGUGGAGUGUACUUUCCACUGCUUUUUGUGUCUGUACGAAUGGGGUGUAGUCUGUAUGUCUUCAUGUUUGUGGGUGUGUGUAUGUGUGUGUUUGUAUGUAUGAGCACGCGCCCGUAUUUUAGUUUCGGUGUGAACAUUUCGUUUGUUUUGAUUUCACAAAUUGUGUGUUUUUGUACAGUGACGGCGACACAUAUUGCUGCGCUAUUUGUGUGAAGACAAUAUAAUUUCUUUAUUUGCUUAGAAGCACUGCGAACACUUACUUCUUGUACGUACGGACCAAUUGCCGUAUAUUUUUGUGGUUGAUAGAGCUUAUACCUUCAAAAGAAUCAUUUCCUCGUUGAUCGAGGGUUUGUGUAGAAUGCUAACGAUUGUAUUUGAUUUCACACAUUUGUCUAAAAUGUUAGAGGGAACAUAUAUUUUUGGUGAAAUUAUAUCGUAGUGUCAACAGAAGGACGGAAUCAGUGGGAGGGUUCUUCAAGAUGAAUCAGUUGUCAGAUGGCAGUAUUUUUCCUGAUGCAAAUUUGUCUUUUUAACUCGUCUAUAUGGCUUCAUCUUAGUCACCUAUCACAAAAAUUCACGACGCAAAAAAAAAGGAAUUUGUGACAGAUCCGACUGUAAUGAUUAAGACGUGAUUAUGAUCGACUCGACAAAGAAGGUCCUGAGGAGACACGAUCUGAAAUUCCAUAAAUUAGCUUAAUUUUAAAUCGACAGUAUUCUCAAUUAUGAUAUCAAGGUUCGUCUCUCCUCUACGUCCAAAAUUGUAGUUCGCAAUAUCUUGAAAUACUUCAUAUUUUCGCUCUUAAGUAAUUUAAAUUGCGUGUGAAUUUUGAGUGAAGAGCGCUAGAAAAAUAUACUUUGUGAUUCUCUAUCACUAAUUUACAGCCACGUAGUCAGUGUAAGUCUCUCCAAUACUCUAUCAUAAAUUUCAAAAAUAUCAUAAAUUUUAAAACUUUGUCAAAAAUUAUUUCUUGUUGAACACAAAUAUCCUCUAUGUAACUAGAUAUGUGUUUUAACCAAAGUUUUGCCAGAUGUUUUGUAGUCUUUCGGCCUAAGUAGGCCAAAUGCUCGUACUGACGUUGCUUUUGUUCUCCUUCGAGUUGAGUUUGGAGUUUAUUAGGCGUGUUGGCCAAACUGUACCUCGACUGCGUGAUGUGAGUGAAAGGAGCUAUGUGUGUGUUUGUAGGAAGGCGAAUUCUUGAUCUUUUGUAAAUAGAUUUUAUUGAAUUAAUUCUUUUAGCCACAGUGCAUUACCGAUGGUGUGGCUAUGACAGUGUUUAAUUUUGUGGGUUUUCUUUUAAAUUGAUUUUGGUCUCUUAAGGCAAGAGAGAAAAGCUGUCAAAAUGUUCAGCUGCAACAAAAAAAAGGUUGGGCUAUGUGACUCUAUAAAGUCGACCUUGUAAGCUCACUUGAAAUUUGUGCCACAAGCGCUCUUUUGCGUGAACUUUUGAGUCACUUCCACACCUGUUUCGGACCGAAUGUCUAAAGGAUUCACGAGGGAGGUUUUUUAAAAAUUCUUUAAAGUUUGUAAACAUAUAUGUAUAUAUCUAGUGGUCUUUUCUUCAAACUCUAUCCGAGGCAUCGCAGGGCGCACGCAACACCUGACGAGUGCGCCCUAUCUACACGGUUGUCUUGUCUUCCGUUUCGCUUUUGCUAGUCAAGUCAUUCGUGCACUUUUAUCUUGACCGCUAAGGUAUACAUGUACAUGUAUACACAAUUACGUAACAAUAUUUUAUAUGUGUGCCAUAGACGCAAAGAAAUUGCCAUAAAUGUUAAUGCUGCGCUGUCGCUUUAAAUGUUGAUGUGAAAGAAGCAGAAAAAUCCAGGAAAAGUAAAAGUAAAUGAAACGUGCUGCUUUUUUGA